CCAAUGACGGCCUGUCUUGAUAUAGAUGGACAGGGGACUGGUUUAAAAUGACAGUCUCAAGUUCAUUUAGGAAGAGAAGGCUAAUUCAAAGAAACAGCCAGGCAAGCUUCCUUUCUCUGUAGGAAUAAUUACUAUCCCUCUUCACCAUGGCCCACUUGGGAGCCCAUUUCGCCUUUAGAUCCCGCUGGCAGAAGACCGACGAUGAACUCUGUCGACAUAGCAUGUCCUUUAUCCUUCACAGAGCCAUUCGCAAUGACUUCUUUCAGAGCUAUCUCUACCUGCUGGAAAAAAUUCCCCUGGUGAAAUUGUAUGCUUUAACAAGCCAAGUCAUCAAUGGCGAGAUGCAGUUCUAUGCCAGAGCUAAGCUUUUCUAUCAAGAAGUACCAGCCACAGAAGAGGGUAUGAUGGGAAAUUUCAUUGAACUGUCCAGCCCAGAUAUCCAGGCCUCUCGGGAAUUUCUCAAGAAAUUUGUUGGGGGCUCCGGGAGAGCUGGAACUGACUGUGCCUUGGACUGCGGCUCUGGGAUAGGAAGGGUGAGCAAGCAUGUCUUGUUGCCGGUUUUCAACAGCGUGGAACUCGUGGACAUGAUGGAAUCUUUCCUCCUUGAAGCCCAGAACUACCUGCAGGUGGCAGGGGACAAAGUAGAGAGCUACCACUGCUACAGCCUGCAGGAAUUCACACCCCCCUUCGGGAGAUAUGAUGUCAUCUGGAUUCAGUGGGUCUCCGGGUACCUGACCGAUAAGGACCUUCUUGCAUUUCUUUCCCGGUGCCGAGAUGGUUUGAAAGAAAACGGCGUCAUCAUACUGAAGGACAAUGUGGCCCGGGAGGGCUGUGUCUUCGAUCUCUCUGACAGCAGUGUGACUCGGGACAUGGACAUCCUCCGAAGCCUCAUUAGGAAGAGUGGGCUGGUGGUGCUGGGCCAGGAGAAGCAAGAGGGCUUUCCAGAGCAGUGCAUGCCAGUGUGGAUGUUCGCACUGCACAGCGAUGGGCACUCCUGAAAAGCAGUGGCAAUGACUGGACUGGACAGCUUUGGGAUCUGGCGCUCUCCCUCCAGGUGCCCCUUGUAAUGCAGAUGAGAAGGGAUAUAAUGCAUGUCUGCAAAUGACUGAUGAUAUAGUAUGGAUGAGUUGUCACUAAUGACGUAAUGCACACACUCGAGUGAGACAUGCACAUGCUCUGGAUUUCCUGAAAAAAGAUGGCAUAAAAGAUCAGGAAAGUGCUUUAAGAAACUAAUAUAUUCCUAAACUAUACAAGUGUGCAUGAAAAUGGAAGACAUAAAAGAUAGCUGGCCUGUAUCCAUAUUUUUAAAAAUUGUCUUUCUGAAUAUCCUAGGCAAAAAUGUUUUUUUACCACAGGAUGAAAUUGGCAUUCUCUGAAGCAAGUACAAUAAAUCAUUUAGCUUUUAGAGAGGUUCAGAUAAAGCAUCUGUUUACUAAAAAAAAGAAGAAGAAAGAAAGAAAAAAGGAAAAGAAAACAAUGGCCACAAAUUCUAAACUUUCCCUGGUCUCUGACAACUGGUGUCAUGGGGUAGCCCAGGGUGUGUGGGAGAAAAUCUAGACUCCUUUCCCUGUCCUCAUGUCAGCUACAUUAUACUUCCUUCCUCUUUGGUACUACAACUUCUCUUGAACAAACAUCUCCCCCUAAUUAAGAGGGCACUAGUCAAAAUAAUCUUAUGAAAACAAGACCAUUAUUUAAUUUUGUCUUUAGCCUUUCUCUUGGCAGAAAAAGUGUAUGGUUUCACUUUCUAUUUUGGGUCAGUUUCACUACCCAAUGAUGUAAUAUGGAUGUAAUUUGAUAACAGAAGUCUGCAUUACAAUGAUGGAGAAGUGUCUCCUUUCAGGAGAAAAUGUUGUACCCCGAAAUUUCAACCUUGAACAUAUAAGUAAAUGUCAUUGAUAAUCUAAGUUUAGCCAUUGGCUUCCAACACUGCUUGCUUCAUUGCAGCUGCCCCUGAUGCCUUGAUUGAAAUGAAUGUACAUUGGAAAGAGAAGCAGCUAUGGAAAUGGACGAGGAAAUGAUAAACCUGAAAACUGAACUAGCUGGAUUAAUAUAAGGCAUUGUUUUAAUUAAAAAUAAUCUAAAAUCA